AUGAAGCCCCGCAAAUUCAGGCGCUGCCAUUGUGGAGUGCAGCAAUGUGCCGAAACCUGCCUAUCCGUGGAUUUGGAAGAGGACUCCAGCUUGAGCAAUUCAGAGACCGGGGACGACCGCGAUAGCGAGUUCGAGUGCAUGGGCUGCUACCCGCUAGGAGCCGACGACGACCUCUCGCCCGUGGACGACGCCAAGGACGAGACCUGCAUCGACUGGCAGAAGGACACCCCCUGCCGCAGUGGUUUGCCGUUCUACCGGCUGCACUCGAACGCGAUGACGCCAGCCACAUGCUUCGAGUUCUGCCUGGGCGUGGGCCUGGACUUGUUUGGCCUCGUGGGCUCCGAGUGCCGCUGCGGCGCCACCCGCCUGAACCGCGGCGUCUGGGGCGUGGCGUCGGACGACGCAGACGGAGCUCCCCGGCCGCGGAAGGGGCUGGAGCUGCCGGCGCCGCUCAGCGGGUGCCUCACGGACGACGCGUGCCCCGUGCGCGUCUACCGCUGGCUGGGGCCCUUCGUGGCCGGCGGCUCCGUGCCCGAACACCUCCUGGAGCUGAACGUGGGGGACACCAUGUACGUGGACUCCGUGGUGGCCGGCCAGCGCAUCAGCAACACGCAGGAGGAGGACGGCACGCCUCCCCAAGAGCUCGCGCUGCGCCAAGCGGGGCAGAAGCGCCAGGACCCCAUGUGGACGCGGAACUGCGACGACGCGAGCGGGUGCCAGGCUGGUCGGCCCUGGAUUGAGCGCACGACUGUGGCCCCGGACGGCAUGGUGCCGCAGUGGCAGGAGUACGUGAUGGUGCGGUACAAGUUCGACACCGACGUGGACGACACGCGGAAAGAGGCCUUUCGUGCAGCAGCGGCCGACUGGCGCACGCACACCUGCAUCGCCGUGGUGGAGGACGACGCAGCUGCGUACCCCUACAUCCUCGUGGGGAUUUACGACACCGGCAGCUGUUGGGCGUAUUUGGGGCGGCCGAGCUCAUUUCACAAGAUCAACCUGGGCUGGUGCAAGACUCUGAGCCACAAGGGAAGCAUGGUCCACGAGAUUGGCCAUGGUUUGGGAGUGAACCACGAGCAGAAGCGCGCCGACGCCGCGCAAGAGUACCACGGCAAGGGCCCGCAUCUGCAGAUGUUUUGGGAGAACACUGGCACCUGGGCAUCCCAAUACACCCCGGCAGAAAAGUCCUACAUUGGCUCUGCGGAUGAUGGCGCGGGAGAUGUUCAGGUGGGCUAUGCUGCCUACGACUUUGAAAGCAUCAUGCACUACUACCGCCAGAGGAGCAGCAAUCGCACAAUCAAUAACGGCUACUACUUCAACACCGUUCCCGCAUCCGCUGUCAACCUCGUGGGAAAUCGCAAAGCUCUCUCCGAGGGCGACAUUAAACAGGCCUUGGAUACUUAUCGUUGCAGGCUUGUAGGUGGAACAACGACCACCACCACGACCACCACCACCACUACUACGACCACCACGACGACCACCCGUGCCCCACCUCCACCUGUAACUGGGCCCGUUCUGGAGAUUGGGGAGAUUUCGGUCACAGGCCAGGGCUGGCAGAGCUUCUCGCUGCGGAGCACCUUCGAGGCAGCGCCGGUGGUGCUGGUGGUGCCGUCCGGGCAGGGUGCGCCGGCCACGGUGAGGGUCCGGCAGGUGACGACGUCCGGCUUCGAGGCGUUGGUGGCGGUGCCCCCGGCCCAGACGGGCAGCCCAGGUGGGCACCCUGCCAUGACUGUGACCUACAUGGCGGUGGCGGCAGGCGCGCACCAGCUGCCAGAUGGCCGCAAGUUUGAGGCGGGGCGUGUGGACACCAUGGCGCGGCAGGUCGCCAGUGGCUGCCAAGGCGGUGGGAUCUCCAACUCCUGGACGAGCGUGCCCUUCUGGACCAGUUUCGGAUCCUCCCCCGCGUUUAUGGCCACCAUCCAGAGCGCCAACAACGAGAAGGGCAACGUCGACACCUCCUUUUCUUUCCCGUUUCUGGUGGCGGCGGCUAGCUCCGUGACGGGGUCCUCGGCCGACGUGGCGCUGGAGUCAGCAGAGACCUCCAUAGUGGGCUCGGUUACGCAGGUGGAGACCGUGGGAUACUUCGCCAUGGAGAUGGGCCAGAGCACACGCAAUGGAGGCGAUGGAGGCUGGCUGCGUCUGGCAAGCGUUGCUUCCUCCUCAGCCAUGGUCUUUUUCGAGGAAGACACAUACUGCGACACGGAACAAUCACAUACAGCAGAGACCGUGAGUCUCAUUGCGUGGUCGGGCCCUGUGGACCUGCCCCCUCUGUCCACCAGCUCCUCCGCCACCACCACUACUACCACGACCACGACCACGACCACAACCACCACCCCCACCACGACCACCACCACCACGACCACCACCACCACGACGACGACGACCACCACCACCACCACCGCCGCCCCCACCACCACCACCACCACCACCACCACCACCACCACCACCACCACCACCACCACCACCACCACCACCACCACCACCACCACCACGACCACCACCACAACCACAACCACAACCACUCUUGCGACAACGACGACGGGAACUGGGAGCACGACCAGCAGCAGUGCAGGCGACAUGAUAUUGGAAGUCGGGGAGAUCAGUGUAUCAGGCAUGGGUGGCUGGCAGAGCUUCUCCUUCCAGAACGCUUUCCAGGAGGCGCCGGUAGUGGUGGCGCUGACUCUCGGGCAAGGCGAGCCGGCGGACGUGCGGCUGCGGCAGAUCACCGGGACUGGCUUUGAGGCUCUGGUGGCGGUACCGGUGGGCCAAGGCGGCAAUUACUCUGCGCUGUCUGUGCCAUACCUGGCGGCCAAGGCCGGGGUCCACACUCUGCCGGACGGGCGCCGCUUCGAGGCGGGCCGGGUGGACACCGCGAAGCUUCAGAAGGGCACGGUCUGCGUGGGCGCGCCCGCAGCGGCCUGGGAGCCCGUGACGUUCUCCGCGGCCUUCAGCUCGGCGCCCGCCUUCGUGGCCAAGGUGCAGACGGCCCACAACGAGGCGGGGGCCGUGCCGACGCACUACUCCACGCCUUGGCUCACUGUGGCGGUCACCUCGCUGACAUCUGCCGACGUCAGCGUGGCCCUGGAAAUGGCUGAGACCUCGAAGGUGGGGGACAUUGCGCAGCCGGAGACUGUGGGCUACGUGGCCAUGGAGCCUGGCCAAGGAUCCUUCGCAAGCGGCGCCGGUCAGGUGAGCUAUAGCGCGCUCCUCACGGGCUUGGAGAUUAAGGGCUUCGACGACGGCUUCACUGAGGUGAGCUUGCAGGCGGACCUCGGAUCGACGCCCUUGGUGGUUGGGGGGCAGGCCUCGCGCAAGGGCAACAAUGGCGGCUGGCUUCGCAUGGCCGCGCGCUCCAGCACCACGGCCACCCUCUUCAUCGACGAAGACACCUACUGCGACUCCGAGCGCAAGCAUGUCUCUGAGCAGGUAGGGCUCCUGGCCUGGUCAGGGCCGCUGUCCAUUCCACCCCCGGCACCCACCACCACAACGACGACCUUGGCGCCAGCAGGCGUGGUCACUCUGGAGGUGCGCGAGGUCACCGUGAGCAACCAGUGGGUCAAUGUCGCCUUUACCUUGCCGUUCGCCGAGGUGCCGGUGGUGGUGAUGUCUCCUACCACUUCCAGCACCGGCAGCCAAGAUCCAGCAGCCAUUCGGAUUAAGGACAUCAGCGUCGACGGUUUCUCGGCCAUCAUCGCCAAGCCGCCCAACACGCCGACCACCCAGGAGACCAUGACCGUCACCUUCCUGGCCGUUUUGCCAGGUGGGCUUUGGCUGGAAGCCGGGCGUCAGAGCACGCGCAGGCUGAUGGCCACGAACUGCAAGCCAGAAGGCUUCACCACGAGCUGGCAGAAGGUGAGCUUCGGCCACGUCUUCGCGACAGAGCCCGCCUUGCUCACCAGCGUCCAGAGCCUCAACAACGAGGUGGGCCUGCCUUCCAGCUCGCAGCCCUGGUUCACGGUGGGUGUGAAUGGCAUCAAAGUGAACGAAGCCUGGGUGGCUUUGGACAUGGCGGAAACUUCCAGCUACGGCGGCUUGGAGGUGAGCCAGGACGAGGAAGUGGGCUGGGUGGCGCUUGAGCAGGGCACACAAAGCGUGCUGUCCUUGACCGGUGUCAGCAUCCAGCUCACGGCGCUGAAGUCCGAGCGCGUGGUGCGGGGCUGGGGCAACGGCGCGGUCACGGUGCCUCUGGGCACCGACUUUGGCGUGGUGCCGUUGGCGGUGGCAAGUCAGUCCAAGCGUUGGGGCAGCGACGGCGGCUGGGCGCGCCUGCUGGCGGUGACCCCGUCCUCCGUGGACGCCGUCAUCGACGAGGACGUGGCCUGCGACACAGAGCGCGGGCACACCUCCGAGGAGGUUAGCGUCCUGGCCGUGUCCGGCCCCUGCGUCCUGUGA